AUGUGUGCGAUAUAUCGGACUCGCUUUACCAACGUAAACAAUAAUCAAUCAAUCAGACGAUUAUAUGAAAGUUAUUUUUUGUUGACAUUGCAGGGAUGGGGAAAGGGUCAGUUCGGCCCAGCAUAUAUCGACUUGCGGGUCAUUAGCAAUACUGACCUAGAGCAAGGAUCUUGGAUUCUAACAUCUUUUUUCAUCGGCUAUUCCAUGGGCUCUGUGCUUGAGGGAAUAUUGCAUGACCGAGUUAACCGGAAAUUGAUGUUCAGUGCAUCCUUGUUCAUAUGGUCUAUCGUCAUAGCAGGAAUUCCCUGGUGCUCAAUUUUUGAGGCCAUGUUAUGUGGUUAUAUCUUGAUAGGAAUUCUUCAGGGGAUUCUUGACACUGGUGGAAACACAGAAAUGCUACGAGUAUGGGAGAAAAGGGGUCGGGAAGCAAUUCUAAAAAUGAACUUGAUAUUUGCCGUUGGAAGUGUGAUAGCUCCACUCGUGGUAGCGCCUUUCCUUAUGGACCCUCCACGUGGUGGAAACGCUCUUAACUACACGGCUAAUAGUUCUCACCAGGCAGAACUCACACAGAAUAUGUCCAGCAUAUCGGCAAAUCAACAGCUUAUAUAUUCUUAUGAGGAAGGUCAUUCUAGUGAAACGGCCAUUCCUAUAUCAAAUUAUUCAAAUUCAAUAAAUAAAGGAAAUUUAUCAGAUUAUGAUUUUCUAGGAAACCUAUUUGAGUCAAAGUCGGAGAUCUAUAUUCCAUUUUCACUAAGUGCUGCUCUCUCACUUGUCGCUUCCUUCAUGUACAUUUUGUCAUAUGCAUUAUAUUCAAAAGAACGGACUCGCCAAACAAAGAAAGGACAUAAACAACGAAAGGCUAGAAAACUCCCCCCUCCUAUCAAGUUAUGCACACUCACUUUGCUUAACGCCUUGUUUUUCUUCUACUGUGGCAUAGAUGAGGCAUAUACCGCGUUUCUACCUACUUACUGCGUCGAGCAAUUUCAUUGGUCAAAACAGGAAGGGGCUUUUUUGGCGUCAUUGGUGUUUAUAUCAAUUCUCGUUGCACGGGUAUUAACAGUUAUAUUCGAAAGGUGGAUAGACACAUUGAUUAUUAUUGGAAUAAAUUUCAUAGUGAUGUUUAUGUCAAUUUUGGGGCUCUUAAUUGUAUCCCUGUAUGAUUUUGAUACUGGUGUUUGGUUCCUUUCUCCUUUGUACGGAUUUGCAAAAUCUUGUCUGUUUGCACUAUUACUUAGUUGGUGCAACGAAUAUAUAACACCUAUGACUGGAAAUAUAUCUGCUUGUUUUUUUGUCACGGCAACGUUAGGUUGUGCAUCUAACCCAGUUAUCCUGGGUUUAUUGAUGGAAAAUGACCCUGUAUGGUAUUGCUACCUCUUUCUUAUUGAAAUUGUAGUUGUAUUGGUGAUAUAUAUUCUUUGUUUAUUUCUAACGAAAUAUAUCGUACGUAACUAUGGUAAUACAUACGAUGCUGAACCGGAUAUUGUAAAAGUAGCAUACGCUGAAGAUGAUACAUUUCUUGAUCACAAAAACAAAGAAAUUGAAAAUUUAACAUGAAUUUACAUUUAAAUUCGAAAUGUCCAUUUCAGUAUAAUGAAUUUUUUACGAUGUUCAUUAAUUUGUUUUUAAUAAAACAUAUUACGUUGGCACUACUUGUCAGAA